UCCUUUAAACUUCAUAUAUUUACAAUGUACAAAUAUAUUAGGAAAAAUACAAAAAAGAAAAUUACAGAAAAAUCGUAAAAUGAUUGACGGGAGUCAGGCCGAUGACAAAAUGAAGGUGGCCUUCUCCAUCAACGGAAAUCCAGAUCUCAGGGUUAUUAGUAAAUCACAACCAUUGAAGAGUUUAAUACAGGAGCUAGUUGAUCAUCAUAAUAUGCCUGGAAUAGGAGAAGAUUACUGCCUCAUAUUCCAGAAAGGAAAUAAAAUAAAGGACUAUAGGAUUGUAACUGAGAAGAACAAGGAGGAGAUGAAUGCCAAAUACGGAAAUGUAAUUGAUCUCACAGAGUCCCCUGAGAAAUCAGUAAACCGUAUCCUAACAGUGCUGAAGACUGGAACAGAUGGUCCUGAAAGAAGUAAAGUUCUAGCAGAACUCUCCAGAAUGAGUGUUGAUCAGACAGUUGCUCUUGAGUUCUUUGCAAAGAAAGGACUCGGAGAUCUGAUGUUAAUGAUCAGUGGAGAUAAAUUUCAACAAACAGCAGAUAUUGUUAAUCUACUUCAUACAGUAGCAGCACUAAUGGACCAGGAGAUUAUUUCUGCGGAUAAUUUGACGAAUGAUCAAUCGUUUAUUGAUCGAUUAGCUCGUUAUAUCAAUACAGCUAACACAGAUCCAGCCGUUCUAGAACAAUCUCUUCAAAUACUCAUCAUUGCAGCACGAGGUGGUGUGAAUUCUGAGAGUAUUGAUAAUUUUGAACGACCUCUAGCGUUGACGAAUCUAGUCUCACUUCUCUCCAGAAAUCAGUGUACAGUACAACUUCGCUCUCUCCGUCUGAUCAACAGUCUACUGCAGUCAGUAAACCCUCGCAGAAAGUCUGACAUGGUUCGAAUGUUGUCUGAAAAGCCGAGUAGAACAAUUAUUAAGGAUCAUCUUCUUUCUCCCAAUAUAUCAGAGGAGUUCAGGGGUCCUCUUGAUUUCGAGCUGUACACCCUUCAGUACCAUAUCCUGCAGAGACAAAUACGUGACAGGAUGCUUACCAAGAUUGAACCUCAGGACUCAUUAGCACUGCAGAAGAUUAAAGAUUUAAGGAGCACCGCCUUUGAUACGGAAUCCCCCAACGUCAAGAACAACACGCGAUAUUCCCAGGACUACAAGAAACUAGGAUUCACAAAUGAAAAAGAUCCAACCCUGGAUUUUAUGACAGUUCCUCCAGGUGUUUUGGCUCUGGACUGUAUGGACUAUUUUGCCAAGAAUCAUACGGACGAGUUUACCAAGGUGGUGCUGGAGAACUCCUGCAGGAUGGAUAAUCAUGAAUGCCCCUUUGCAGCAAGUAGUAUAGAGUUGGUUAAACUACUAGGGGAAAUACUAGGGAUAGAUUCGCCACCCUUAUCUGCAGGAAAUGUUCGCUAUCAAGAAAUGUUCUUUAAAUGUGAACAUCCUUUUGAGGAGUUCUACACCCAUUGUGUUAUUAUCUUGAAUAAGACCUGGAAGGAGAUGAGAGCAACCAGGGAGGACUUUAAGAAGGUAUUCGAUGUGGUCCGUGAACAGGUGGAGAAAGCCCUCCAAGGAAAGACUAACAGCGGACCUAAAACUUUUGACGAGUUUAGGAAUAAGGUAAGAUCUUAUACAGAUAUCAGUAAGAAAUGGCAGAAGGAUGCAAACUCCAAGGAUCCCUGGAAAGAGAGCGAACCAGUAAAGGUUCUAAAAGCUCAUUUAUGCCACGAGAUCGAGGAGUUGAUACAACAGCAGAGAUACAGCUUUAUGGUGGAGGGAACAAGAUUUCAAAAAUUAAAGAAGAACGGUGAGGUGUUAAAAGGACAAUAUAAGUACUUGAAGCUUCACCCCAACCACAAGACCCUAUACUCCGGAGAGUGGAACCACGAGAAGACCGUCCCAACCAUAGAGGACCUGGAGCCUAAGGUUCAGGUUCAAGAUAUCAAAGAUAUUCAGAUUGGUGGAAACUGUACUUUUCUCAAGGAAUACCCAAAAGCCAAUUCUGAGUUGUCUCGGACUGCGUUCUCUAUCCUGGCGGAGAACGGAUCCCUGGAUUGUAUAGCUCAGGACGAGCAAACCUUUAAUUACUGGCAGGACGGCAUCAAUACACUUCUAGGGAAGCGAAUGGCAAGCGGAGAUUAUCUGAAGGAGAAGGAGAUAUUACUUAAUAUGGAAGUGAAGCUCCGCCUGCUGGACCUAGAGGGUAUGGAACUUCCAGCAUCCGCUCCUGUUAUUCCUCCGCCUCCACCAAACCUAAACUUUUCUCUCAACAACUGACCGAGGGCGGAUAACUCUUUAACAUCUUUCUAUUGACAAUUUACAAAUGAUGAUUAUUAUUUUUUCGUAAAGCGUUUAUCUUCAGAGAAGGGUUACUUACGCGCUUUGUCUCAGGGAGUUCCUGUCUAAGAAAAGGGAGAUGUUUUCAAACAGAAACUGCAAUUUAUGAACGAGCUUUUAAUGAGAAAAAACGUUUUGGAAUCCAACCCUAACAAGUUUACUUUUCUUACUCUUCGGUGAAGAAUGAAACUAAAUGAUUUGCAAGCUUCAAAAGUUGUAGCAGUAAUUCCGCAAAAGUUUAAACUUUGUGUACUCUUCGCACUUUUUGUAUUUUGUAAAAAAAAAUACUCAAUUUGGUGAUUCGUAUUGUUUGUUUAGUACUUAAAGCUUUGAUAAUGAAAUGAAGAUUAAAAAACCAAAGAUAGCUAAUAAAACCAUUAAAUUUUGUAGUAUUUCAUAUUUUAAAUUUUGUAAAUUUUUAAAUGCCUUGUUUUUUGUUGUUGUAAGCCAAAUACUAUAUUACAAUGGAUUUUUUGUCGUCAACUUGGAGCAUUAGUUUUGUAAGAUAACUUGAGAACCCUGACUGUAUCGCAUUAUUUUUACCAUAAUUCGCCAGUUUUUGUGAAAAAAAAACAUGAUUGGUGCGCUCGCCUUGAUUUUUAAACUUAUUUUUCGGCUUGCAGAUUACCCAUUCAAAAACCAUUACCAUGAAAGUAUAAUCACAUUUGUAAACAAUUUUUUGUAUUUUUAUGCAUUUAUUUUUAUAUCAGGUUCUCUAGUCACAACAUUUGUUCAGUACUCUUAUGUAUAUGUACUAAAUGUUUGUCUAUGUUUGUAUGUCUAAAGCUGUUUUCAAUGCCUCGUAUUAAAUCUUAUGAUUUGUAA